AAACAUUUUAAAAAGACAGAGAAAAUGAACAACUUUAGCUUGAUGUUCUUGAGCUCACUGCUUCUUCUUCUUCUGGCUAUGAGUUGUGUGGAAGUGCAAGCUCAGUCUUGCAGACCGAGCGGCAGAGUCAGAGGUAAGAAUCCCCCUCCUGGACAAUGCAACACGGGGGAUGACUCGGAGUGUUGCAAAGACGGCCAAAUGUAUCCGAUCUACAGGUGCUCGCCGCCGGUGUCUGGCCACACCAGCGCCCACCUCACUCUGAACAGCUUUGAGAAGGGUGGAGAUGGAGGCGGCCCGUCCGAGUGCGACAACCAGUACCAUUCUGAUGACACGCCUGUCGUGGCACUAUCCACGGGGUGGUUCAAUAACAUGAGUAGGUGUCUCAAGAAGAUUACGAUCUACGGCAACGGGAGGAGCACCCAGGCAACGGUGGUGGAUGAAUGCGACUCGACUAUGGGGUGCGAUGAUGACCACGAUUACCAGCCUCCAUGCGAUAACGACAUCGUCGAUGCGUCCAGAGCUGUGUGGGAGGCCCUGGGUGUACCAAAGGACAAUUGGGGUUGGCUCGACAUUACAUGGUCAGACUCUUGUGGACCGAGCGGUAGAGUCAGAGGGACGAAUCCCCCUCCUGGACAAUGCAACACGGGGGACGACUCGGAAUGCUGCAAAGACGGCCAAGUUUAUCCAAUCUACUGGUGCUCGCCGCCGGUGUCGGGCCACACAAGCGCCCACCUCACUCUGAACGGCUUUGAGGAGGGCGGAGAUGGAGGCGGCCGGUCUGAGUGCGACAACCAGUAUCAUUCAGAUGACACCCCUGUCGUGGCUCUAUCCAUUGGGUGGUUCGAUAACAUGAGCAGGUGUCUUAAGAAGAUAACGAUCUACGGCAACGGGAGGAGCACCCAGGCUAUGGUGGUGGACGAAUGCGACUCGACUAUGGGAUGCGAUGGCGACCACGACUACCAGCCUCGGUGCGAUAACGACAUUGUCGACGCUUCCCGAGCUGUGUGGGAGGCCCUAGGGGUGCCUAAGGACAAUUGGGGCUGGCUCGACAUUACAUGGUCCGAUGCAUAG